AUGGCGCCCCUUAAGACCAAGGUGGUGAAGAUGUUGGCGACAGUUGUGCUGAUGUUUGCUGUCUGCUGGCUGCCGAUCCACAUGAUGAACCUGGUCGUGUACUUCGACCGCGACGCCAUGCUUCCGGAAACUGCCGAGCAGGAGUACCUGUACAUCGCGGCCUUCUUCUCCUGCCACUGGUUAUCGAUGGCCAACAGCUUCGUCAAUCCUAUAAUUUACUGCUUCAUGAGCGACAACUUCAGGGUGGACCUUCGGCAACUCGUGCUAGGUUGUUGCCCGUUGCUGGCCAUGCGUGCUGGCGGUCGGUCUAUGGGCAAACGCAGCUCGUACGGUGGCGGUGGCUCCCUUCCCAGCAGCACCAUGAUGCUUUCGAGUACCACUUCGAGUCAUCACCACCAGCACCACCAGCGCUGCAAUGGGUUCUACACACAAUCACCCACUUCGAUCGUGGCGCUGAAGACACUCGGAGAUUGCGUUGCUGGCGAGGCCACUACGCUUCGCAUACCUGUCUACGAGUAAAAAGGCAUUUGCUGCCAUCAACAGCGUAUUCAGUACAGGGGACUCUCGACGGCACCGGCUUCGUACCGAGGGAGGAACCUGCGCACAUGUGCCGGGAACGGGACGAAAGCAUAAAAAUCGUCAAGUCGCGUCUGACUGAUUCCUCCGAGUGUUUACGUGGCGACGACGGCUGCAGCAUUUCGUUCGUUGAUAACUUGAACUAAACGGUUUCUCGGUACCGCUAACUUGUUGCAUGGCCACCCAUCUGACGUCGACAGAGUGUUUGGCUCUCUACGUUAGUUCGUCUACAAGGGGCCAGAAAUAGCAGCGGUGUGGCGUGUUGGUGAAAAAGGUAUUUCGCGCGAUGAAUCGGCGUACCAAAAAAUAGACAAGUGAGUUGCAGCUAGCGCGAUGGUUCGCAAUUCUAUAGUGCGAACUGCACGCAUGAAUAGUGUGGCGAAUUGGAAAGUGCAUUAAAUCAUCUUGAAAUCAUCAUCAAACGCCGGGAUCGUAGGAUGGAGACCCCGUUAUCUUUUGAACGGGUUCGGUUAUGCGGAACGAGAUGAUGAUGCAUGCUCGGGUGCUGAAGCGCUACCAACUUGUUAGUGCGCUGAUCGCUGCACUGGCUCUCGUAUUUUGCAUGGAGAGUCUUCUUUAUCAACUUCUUUCAAUGGAAGUCCCACGGUAUGUGUGCGUUGUGCGUAUGUUUUGAGUGUUGUCGUUGUAAUCACACUGUAAGCUUAUUUGCCAGGCACUGGCUACUAUAAAAAGCAGCACUCUGUCUUGUGUGUGUUUUCUGUGCGGUGGUAUAUGUUGUGCUGUGGAAACGUAUUUAUCUUAAAUGCCACCUGUGAUGGAUUAUUCUACGUGACACUAUUUCAGAACACUUACAAUGUUGACGAAAACAGCUAAAACAGUUUAUAAUGAAUUACAUAGUAGAGUUCUGUAAUAGAGUGCUUGUAUAGACUGCGUGGGUACUAAAGGUUACUUAAAAAAGAACAGAACGUUGAUUUAUUUCUUAGCGCGAAGCUCUUAGGCGCCCGUUCCUGUGGCGAGCGUUGGCAUAGACCCUCGUCAUCCUCGUAACCAAGCGAACGAGCAGAGCGAAGGAUGUAAGAGCGAACGCGGAGUGCUAAUGAAAGACUGCGAUAGUGAAGAUAGCGCGAGGAGGAAAGCGGAGGAGGAGGGUAAGGCGAAAGCGCGAGAAGAGUGCCGCGCAGACGGGCUUUGCGGCGACGAUGGCUACGAGAUGGCGCCAUAGUAGCGCGCGUCGUCUGUUCACCGAUGAUGCCACCGAUACCAUAUAUGGAAGCAAAGCACUGCAUGGGCACACGUCUGUCGGCGGCGGCUGCUGUGAAUCGCGCCCACGCGUCACUCACCCGCUGCCUCUCGCGAUCUCCCGAUUAGCGGUGGCCCCGGUUUGCAACGUGCCGCGCGAGACACAUUGUCCGCGCCAGCCAAUAUAUCGCGAAAUGAAAACACGUAUCCAGCUUCACUCAAAUUUCGCAUUAUGUUUUUUUUAUAUCCUAUUGACGGAGUUCAAAAACAUCCGGCACAAUUCAUAAUGGCAAUUCUGCAUCUGAACGCAUUUCAAAAUAAUCGGUGAUGCAUGCAAACUGAUAUUUUUUUUUUUUUUGUAAAAUGCUAUAGCCGGAUGCUAUCUCAGGUAUGUCCACACUGCAAUUUCAGUCCUGUAAACAAUGCCUAAAAUACGCUUCUUGAUUACAAUGCUUGCAUUUCUGCGUUAGGUAUUACUGUUUAGAGAAUUUGACGGUGUUGGAAGGGCACUCUUCCUCAGUUUGCAUUUUAGUAAAUGAAAAAAAAAAUAUCGCCUUCCAUUUUUUCUGCGUCGAUCUCUGCUCAACGUGUUCCGCUACCCGCCAGACCCGGCUGAAGGGGCUUUGGUUAGAUUUAUUUAUUUAUUUAUUUAUUUAUUUAUUUAUUUAUUUAUUGCACAGUAACCUUAAAGGCCCUCUAGGGAGGGAAUUACAUAGUGUAAAGGUUACAUCGGUGAGGCAAAGAACAGCGCGUAAAUGUAAAUACAAUACAAAAACAAAACUGGGCUAGAAUUAAUUACAGUGCAUCAACGUACAAACACAGAAGAAAAUAAAAAAUAAAAAUAGUUAUCAGUACAGCAACUUUAAAUGAUUUGCACAAAGUAUGACAACGUCACGGAGACAUUGGUUAUUGGCACGUGAAAAAAAAAUGUGUUUAUAAAUCAGAGAGUGAAACGUUAUAUAUUAGGUAUGCAGGGUACUGCGUAUAGCGUCUGUAAAUUUCGAGGCGUUUGUUUCAGUGACAAUGUGCGAUGGCAGAUUAUUCCACUCUAUCGCGGUGCAAGGUAUAAAUGACUGAUCAAAUGCGAGGGGACGACACAUGAUGCAUUUGACUUUGCAAGAAUGAUCCCAAGGCGGAAAAAUGGCUGAGGGUUCACACAUGAACUCGUUAUGAAGAGAGAAGUGAUAGUAAAGCUUAUGGAAUAGUGUUAAACGAGAUAUAUUACGACGAAGGGACAAGACUUCAAGCUCGGCGCGAUUUUUUAAUGCUGUUACACUGGUUUCUCGUGAAUAAUCUGAAAAGAUGAAGCGUACAGCAGGUUCUGCAAGAGCUCCUUAGUCAAUUAUUAGGUAUGUAUGAUGGGGAUCACAUACGGCUGACGCGUACUCUAUUGUAGGGCGUAAUAGUGUUGUGUAGGCCAAUUUGCGUAAGUGUACGGGAGCAUGUUUGAGGUUAUGUUUAAGGAAACCAAGCGAACGGUUUGCAGAUGCGAGGAUAUGGUUAAUGUGCUUAUUCCACGUCAAGUUAGGGGUUACGUGUACGCCAAGAUAUUUGUAGCUGCAAACUUGUUCAAUAAGGCUGUCGUUUAACAUGUAAGGUGUUGAAGUUCGGAGUGCUUGAAUAAGCAAAAGACAUGAAUUUAAUUUUAGCAAGAUUUAGAGGCAUUAUCUAGGUUGAACACCAUACGUUUAUUGCGUUUAUGUCACAUUGAAAAAUGUCAUGAUCAUAAUUAGAGUGAAUAUUACGAUAUAUGACGCAGUCAUCAGCAAAUAGUCUGAUAUUGGAUUUGAUGCCGUCUGGUAAAUCGUUAAUAUAAAUUAGAAAAUGUAGGGUCCCAAGCACAUUUUCCUGUGGUACACCAGAUGUUACGGGGACAAGAGAGAGUUGCGAUUAUUAACCGAUGUAUAUUGCAUCCUUUUAGAAAGAAAGUAUUUUAUCCAUCUAACAACAGUAGAGUCGAUAUUCAGCUGUGUAAGCUUGCGAAUAAGUCGACGACGAGGGACACGGUCGAAAGGUUUUGAAAAAUUUAGUAAUACGGCAUCUACUUGAAUUCCGGUGUCUAUUGAUGAAUGUAUGUCGUGAAUACAGCCAGCGAGCUGAGUGUCACAGGAAUAGCCUCUGCGAAAACCGUGCUGUAGCUUAAAUAUGAGGUUAAGUUCUUGAGAGUGUAUGAUAUGUUCGACUAAUUUACAAAUGUUACUUGUUAAAGAAAUUGGUCGCUAGUUAAGCGGCGAAGAACGAUCCCCAGACUUGAAGAAUGGCGCUAUACCUUAGCCACCUCCCAAUCGUAACGGAUAACGCCUGUUGAUAGUGAUUUUGAAAAUAAGGCGGACAGUAUCGGGAAGAUGCUCGGGGCUAUAUAUUUUAGAAUUGUUUUAUUUAAGCCAGUAUUGUCAGCGGAAGAUGAAAUCUGAAGAUUAGUAGGGAGAGAAUAAAUUCCAGAAUCGGUAAUUAUUAUUUCCGGCAUACACGAAUCAGUGCGAGUCAUGGUGGAACGGCUCUAAACAUUCACGCUUGGAUACCGAUGAAAAUGUUUCGUUCAGUAGUUGGGAACAAUCAGUCGCAGUUAACGCUACGCCAUCAUGAUCAGUAAGAACGAUGUCAGGAUUAUGCUUGGGAUUAAUGACACGGCAAAAGCGCCGAGGGUUAGUUGUUAACAUCGAUGACAGGUCCCGUUCAUAGAAUUGUCUGCGCGUGGCCUUGGGUAAACUUUGGUAUUCAAUUGCCACGUGCUUUGUACCACCGCCAGGAUUUAGACUAUUUAUUUUUGUCAGCUUGCUUGAAUAAUCUUUUUUUCUUGUUAUUUAGGCGAUGAAGGUUCUGCGAAAACCAAGGAGCUGUGUUAACGGAUUUUAUGGAAAUUAAUGGGGAUGUACUUUUCCAUGAGAUUAGCGAGUGUGUUUUUAAGUAGCAACCAGUUUUCUUCUACUGUCCGCGACAAGUAAUCUCUCAGAAAGUCGACAGAAAAAAGCGAUAGUUCAUUGUUAAAACGAUAAAAGGUAGCUCUUUUGUAACACCUAAUUUUCUUGCUGAUAAUUUGCCUUUUGAUAGGUGAAUGAUAGAUGCCUUCGCUGUUCGACAAUUGCGUCAAUUUCAUUGCGUCUUAUGCACUUUACCUUGCAUUCUCACUGUAUUCACGUUUACUUGCACUGGAUUCCAUUUUUGUUUUUCGUAACAGCGCACAUCUAAGUGCAGAUGCAUUCUGUACCUAAAGAUGUUAUGCAAAGAAGAGGUGAGGCGUGCAGACAGGACACAAGA